CGCAACUUCGGCCUGCCGGCUGGGCACCAAACACCCGUGCCUGCCAAUGCGGCCCGGCCCCCGGAGAGUCUGGCCCACAGAACACGCCCAUGUGGGCCGGCGGUGUGGGGAGCCCUCGGCGGGGCAUGGCCCCCGCGCCCACCGAUGACCUCUUUGCCCGAAAGCUGCGCCAGCCAGCACGGCCCCCGCUGACACCACACACCUUCGAGCCGAGGCCAGCCCGUAGCCCGCUCCUGCGCAGUGGCAGUGAUGCAGGAGAGGCCCGGCCCCCCACACCAGCCAGCCCCCGUGCCCGUGCCCACAGCCACGAGGAGACCAGCCGCCCCUCUCUGCCUUCCACCCGGCUCUUCACUGACCCGCUGGCACUGCUGGGGCUGCCAGCUGAGGAACCAGAGCCCACCUUCCCGCCAGUGCUUGAGCCCCGAUGGUUUGCCCACUAUGAUGUGCAGAGCCUGCUCUUUGAUUGGGCUCCAAGGCCACGGGGGACAGGGGGACGCACAGAGGUCAGCUCUGGGACCCUGGCUUCAGCUGAGGACCAGGCUACCAGCUCAGACCUGCUGCUUGGGGCGCCUGGCUUUGUGAGCGAGCUUGGGGGUGAGGGUGAGCUGGGCCUGGGUGGAACAGUGUCCCCACCUGUGCCCCCUGCCCUGCCCAAUGCGGCUGUGUCCAUCCUGGAAGAGCCACAGAACCGAACCUCAGCCUACAACCUGGAGCACGCAGACCUGGGUGCCGGCUACUACCGCAAGUACUUCUAUGGCAAAGAACACCAGAACUUCUUCGGGAUGGAUGAGGUGCUGGGCCCGGUGGCAGUGAGCCUGCGGCGGGAGGAGAAGGAAGGCAGUGGAGGGGGCACCUUGCACAGCUACCGCAUCAUCGUGCGGACCACGCAGCUCCGGACCCUCCGCGGCACCAUCUCAGAGGACGCGCUGCCGCCGGGUUCCCCGCGGGGCUUGUCCCCAAGGAAGCUUCUGGAGUCCGUGGCGCCGCGACUGAGCCCGAUGUGCCUGCGCCUGGGCUCAGCCUCCCCCAAGGUGCCACGCACUCUGCUUACGCUGGAUGAGCAAGUGCUGAGUUUCCAGCGCAAGGUGGGCAUCCUGUACUGCCGGGCAGGCCAGGGCUCCGAGGAGGAGAUGUACAACAACCAGGAGGCGGGAGCGGCCUUCAUGCAGUUCCUCACCCUGCUGGGUGACGUGGUGCGGCUCAAAGGCUUUGAGAGUUACCGGGCCCAGCUGGACACCAAAACGGAUUCCACGGGCACACAUUCUGUCUACACGACGUACCGAGACCAUGAGAUCAUGUUCCAUGUGUCCACGAUGCUGCCUUACACCCCUAAUAACCAGCAGCAGCUCCUGCGCAAGCGCCACAUUGGCAACGAUAUUGUAACCAUAGUAUUCCAGGAGCCUGGCAGCAAGCCCUUCUGCCCCACGACCAUCCGCUCGCACUUCCAGCACGUGUUCCUAGUGGUGCGCGUGCAUGAACCCUGCACACCGCACACCUCCUACAGGGUGGCCGUGAGCCGCACCCAGGACACCCCAGCCUUUGGGCCAGCUCUGCCCCCGGGCGGAGGCCCCUUCCCUGCCAAUGCCGACUUCCGGGCCUUCCUGCUGGCCAAGGCGCUCAAUGGCGAGCAGGCGGCGGGCCACGCACGCCAGUUCCACGCCAUGGCCACGCGUACGCGCCAGCAGUACCUGCAGGACCUGGCCACCAACGAGGUGACCACUACGUCGCUGGACUCGGCCUCGCGCUUCGGCCUGCCCUCCCUGGGCGGGAGGCGCCGGGCGCCUCCUCGGGGACCGGGCGCCGAGCUGCAGGCUGCGGGCUCGCUGGUGUGGGGAGUGCGCGUGGCGCCCGGGGCGCGGGUCGCGGCCGGCGCCGAGGCAGUCGGUCCUGACAGCGCCGAGGUGCCCUGCCUGCUGGGCAUCUCGGCCGAGGCUCUUGUGCUGGUGGCGCCCCGCGACGGCCGCGUAGUCUUCAACUGUGCCUGCCGCGACGUGCUGGCCUGGACCUUCUCCGAGCAGCAGCUCGAUCUGUACCACGGCCGCGGGGAGGCGAUUACGCUGCGGCUCGACGGGCCCCCGGGCCAAGCCGUGGGCGAGGUCGUGGGGCGCCUGCAGGUGGGCGCCGAGGGCUUCAUCACGCAAGUAGAGCGCUUCACGUUCGCCGAGACGGCGGGGCUGCGGCCCGGGGCGCGCCUGCUGCGCGUGUGCGGCCAGACGCUGCCCAGCCUCGGCCCCGAGGCCGCUGCCCAGCUGCUGCGCUCGGCGCCCAAGGUCUGCGUCACCGUCCUGCCUCCCGACGAGAGCGGCCGGCCCCGCAGGAGCUUUUCGGAGCUGUACACGCUGUCUCUGCAGGAGCCCAGCCGGCGGGGUGCCCCAGAGCUAGUGCAGGAUGAGGCCCCAGUGUUGGUCCUACUGCCCAACACAAGGCAGCUACUUCACCUGUGCCUGCAAGAUGGCGGCAGCCCUUCAGGGCCAGGGGAUCUGGCUGAGGAGAGGACUGAGUUCUUGCACAGCCAGAACUCGCCAUCAUCCCGCAGCUCCCUGUCAGAUGAGGCCCCAGUCCUGCCCAACACCACCCCAGACCUCCUCCUGGUCACCACAGCCAAGCCGUCAGCUCCUGGUGCUGGCAGGGAGACACCCCCCACCGAGGACGGGCCCAAUGGCCAUGAGGACAAGGAGGACAAGUGUGACCCGGCCCCAGAGCUGAGCACCUCCAUCCUGCCACGAACUUUGUCUGUGAGGAACUCCAUCAGCAAGAUCAUGUCGGAGGCGGGCAGCGAGACCCUGGAAGACGAAUGGCAGUCCAUCUCGGAGAUCGCCUCCACUUGCAACACUAUUCUGGAGUCACUGUCCCGAGAGGGACAGCCCAUCCCAGAGAGCAGAGACCCCAAGGGAACUCCAAAGUCUGAUGCUGAGCCAGAACCUGGGAGCCUGUCAGAGAAGGUCUGUCACUUGGAGUCCAUGCUCAGGAAGCUGCAGGAGGACCUGCAGAAGGAGAAGGCAGACAGGGCAGCUCUGGAAGAGGAGGUGCGGAGCCUGAGGCACAACAACCGGCGGCUCCAGGCUGAAUCGGAGAGCGCAGCCACCCGCCUGCUGCUGGCCUCCAAGCAGCUGGGCUCGCCCACCACCGACCUGGCCUGAACUGGCCGUGCCAGCCUCUGUCUGGCUAUGGGCCUGCCUCAAACUGCAUGGCCCAUCAGGGCACCUGGGUCACACGGGGCCCUCAGCCCUCCUCAGGAACUCUCUCCCCGCGCAGAGGCGCAUCUUAGCACUGCCCCCACUCCCCAGCCCAUUAUUUGGUGGCAGAGUUGCCCCCACAUCGUCCCUGUUUGUAAAUAUUCUGUGGAGAAAAGGGGACUUCAGGGAGUAAAGAAACCACUGCUUUUUGUGUCUGUA